AUGGGCGCCACUUUGUCUGUCGAGGAGGCGCCUGAAGGCUUGGCCAACUCCAGGCCGUCUGCAAGAAUUGAUGCUUUGGCUGUUGUCCAGCAGUGGCAGGAUGCUGUUUCUCUCGCGGCCGCUUCCGGUGACGUGAGGGCAGGGUCUUCAGAAGCCCUGGUCUUCGCGCAGGAAAGGCUGCCAGGAGAAGCGGUGGUUGCACACCUGGAGAGGUUCCUCCCGUGGCUGAAAAGUGCAGAUCCCUGGAUGUGUUCUUCAACCCGUGACCUCUUCGAGCAGAAGAUCUCGCCUCAGGUUCUUGCUGAGCACUUCCACGAGAUCGUGCCUCCGCUUCUGGCUGACCCAGAGCUGCGGCCGUGGUCCUUUGGCUUUCUCGCCGCCCGGAUGUCUCCAAGCUGCCUCACAGAGCUCAUUGACCUAAUCGCGCAGCAAGAAAGUUCGUGGAGCAAGGAGCCAGCAACCUUGGAGUUCGUAAAAGGUCAGCUACCCCAAGAGUUGAGUGCAGAGCACGCCGACCGCAUCCUGGGACUCUUGGUGAGCAAUGACUGGAAGGUGAGAUGCUGGACGUUGAACCUCUUGAAUCACCGAGUGCCGAAAACGCUGCUCUCAGAGACAUGGGAGGAGGUUCUGAGACUUCUCGUUGACCCGAGCUGGCCCGCCCAAGCAGAGUCAGUAGAGACCCUAAAACUCUUGGAGGCAAGGAUUCCGAGCGAGCUGAUUGCUGAGCAGUUCCACAAGUUCCUUCCGCAUUUGCAGAAUGCAGAUCUGAGGAUCAGCAACGCAAGCCAGCAACUCUUCGAGAUUAAGAUCUCAGAAGAAGUCCUCGCUGUGCACUUCCAGAAGAUCGUGCCGCCGCUUCUGGCUAACUCGUUGCGGCAACCUCGGUGGCUUGACCUUCUGACAGGGCGGAUACCAACAAGUCGCCUCACGGAGCUCAUUGAUUUGAUCGUCAUGCUGAGUGCCGAAGAAUCUACUUUUCGGGCCUUGGAAUUCGUAAAGGCACAGCUUCCCAGCGAGCUGGAUGCUGAGCAUGUGAACCACAUGUUGCCACUGACACUCUUGGGAAACACUGUCCCCUAUGUGAGCUGCUGGACCCUGCACCUCUUGUGCGAGGGAGCAAGCACCCUGCACUUCGCACAGCAUUGGGACAAGGUUUUGUCACUUCUCACUAGUCCCAGCUGGGCGGUGCAACUGCGAACCCUGAAUCUGUUGGAUGAGAAGAUUCCGGACGAGCUGAUCGCUACGCAUUUCCACGAGCUGCUUCCGGUCUUGCACAGUAAAGACUCAAGGACCAGGGAUUCAAGCGGUCGUAUGUUGGAGCAGAAGGUCUCUGCUAACAUUCUUGCUGAAAACUUCCACAAGAUCGUGCCUCCACUUCUGGCUGACCCAGAACUGUUGCCGUGGUCGUUCGGCUUCCUGAGAGGGCGGAUCGUGGAAAGGCUCGUUCCUGAGCUUGUUGAUGUGAUCUUCAGCAUCCUGUGCCGUCAGGAAGCAGCUUGGAGCGGGAAGGAGACAGCCAUGUUGGAAUUCAUGGAGGCGUCGCUGCCCAGCGAAUUGACUGCGGAGCAUGUCAGCCACAUCGUGGCAUUCUUGGCGAAGAGUGAUCUCAGUGUCGAGCCGAGAUGCUGGACUCUGCAGUUCUUGCGCGAGCGAGCAGGCACCCUGCACUUCGCACAGCAUUGGGACAAGGUUCUUGCACUUCUGGCCAUUCCCUGCUAUGAGGUGCAACAGCGAACUCUGAAUCUGUUGGAGGAGAAGAUUCUGGACGAGAUGAUCGCUACGUAUUUCCACGAGCUGCUUCCGGUCUUGCACAGUAAAGACUCAAGGAUCAGGGAUUCAAGCCGUCGUAUGUUGGAGCAGAAGGUCUCUGCUAACAUUCUUGCUGAAAACUUCCACAAGAUCGUGCCUCCACUUCUGGCUGACCCAGAACUGUUGCCGUGGUCGUUCGGCUUCCUGAGAGGGCGGAUCGUGGAAAGGCUCGUUCCUGAGCUUAUUGAUGUGAUCUUCAACAUCCUGUGUCGCACGGAAGCAGCUUGGAGCGGGAAGGAGACAGCCAUGUUGGAAUUCAUGGAGGCGUCGCUGCCCAGCGAAUUGACUGCGGAGCAUGGCAACCACAUCGUGGCAUUCUUGGCGAAGAGUGAUCUCAAGGUCGAGCCGAGAUGCUGGACUCUGCAGUUCUUGUGCGAGCGAGCAGGCACCCUGCACUUCGCACAGCAUUGGGACAAGGUUCUUGCACUUCUGGCCAUUCCCUGCCAUGAGGUGCAACAGCGAACUCUGAAUCUGUUGGAGGAGAAAAGCCGGAUCAGGGAUUCAAGCCGUCGUAUGUUGGAGCAGAAGGCCUCUGCUGACAUUCUUGCUGAAAACUUCCACAAGAUCGUGCCUCCACUUCUGGCUGACCCAGAACUGUUGCCGUGGUCGCUCGGCUUCCUGAGAGGGCGGAUCGUGGAAAGGCUCGCUCCUGAGCUUAUUGAUGUGAUCUUCAACAUCCUGUGUCGCACGGAAGCAGCUUGGAGCGGGAAGGAGAUAGCCAUGUUGGAAUUCAUGGAGGCGUCGCUGCCCAGCGAAUUGACUGCGGAGCAUGGCAACCACAUCGUGGCAUUCUUGGCGAAGAGUGAUCUCAAGGUCGAGCCGAGAUGCUGGACUCUGCAGUUCUUGUGCGAGCGAGCAGGCACCCUGCACUUCGCACAGCAUUGGGACAAGGUUCUUGCACUUCUGGCCAUUCCCUGCUAUGGGGUGCAACAGCGAACUCUGAAUCUGUUGGAGGAGAAAAUUCCGGACGAGCUGAUCGCUGCGCAUUUCCACGAGCUGCUUCCGGUCUUGCACAGUAAAGACUCAAGGAUCAGGGAUUCAAGCCGUCGUAUGUUGGAGCAGAAGGUCUCUGCUGACAUUCUUGCUGAACACUUCCACAAGAUCGUGCCUCCACUUCUGGCUGACCCAGAACUGUUGCCGUGGUCGUUCGGCUUCCUGAGAGGGCGCAUCGUGGAAAGGCUCGUUCCUGAGCUUGUUGAUGUGUUCAACAUCCUGUGUCGCACGGAAGCAGGCCACCUUCAGAAUUUUGAGGUGGUUUUCAUGGAUCUCCUGGAGAAGCGACUCUCUUGCCUGCUCCUUGCCAUGCCAAGAGACCGCAUUGCCAGCUGGCGAUGUGAAGAAGGCAACACGUGGCUGCACGUGGCGGCAAAAGCAGGGAACCUCGAGGCUUGCGAGGCUUUGGUGGACCAGGUUGGCCUCCCCUUGCGCGAGAAGAACAAAGCUGGCGACGAGCCACGAUGCCUCUCCCUGGCAUGGCCGGCCAUUGUGGAGGCCCUGUCCCGUGGAAGGGAAGCACAUCAGAAGCACGGCAUCUUCAUCGGGAACCAAGAUCUCGGAGGCAACUUGAAGAGCGUGGUGGGCCUCAAGACGCACAAGAUGCAGCUUACUCUCAGUGAGGGAAGCCUUCGGAGUGGGCUAAAGAUGAAGGAGCUCCAUGAGGUGGCUCACGGAACGGGCCCGUAUGAUCUUGCAAGCUCGAAUUGCCACCACGCUGCACAGAAAGUCUUCAACCACUGCUGUGCCAGAGAGGAAGACCAGGAGCUGCAGCCGCCAAACGAGUGGUUGGCAAAGCUUGGGGGCGCAAUUCGGUUGGGUGGCCGGUUCAACUCAACCCGCUCAGCCGGCUGUGGCCCAGAAGGCUCCAAUUCGGACGUUGCCUCAGUGAAUUCGGAAGUGGCAUCAGGCAGCCAUCCUGCAGAUCGCCCGAGUGGCUUUACGCGGUCCGUUGAUCUCUGCUGCGACGACUUUGCAGAAGUGGCUGCUGCCCUGAGCCAUGCCGUGUAUGAGGAGGACCCCGCAAUGGUCCUGAGGCUAGCGGAGGCAGGCACUGUAUCCAUCCGCAACAAUCUGUCCAGACCUGUGCGAGUGUUCAACUGCAGCACCGAGACCAGAAACAGAGUGGAGGUCAACGAGGUAUUGAAUAUUGCAGGUGUCACUGAAAAGUUUCACGUGGAUGUUGACGCCGUUGCAUGGGCUCCAGGGCUCUAUCCCUGGAGGAAAAUGGCCGAAAGGCAAGCCGUAUGGAUGGGCCAUAGAUACAACAUGUCCGAAGCCUUCGGAGGUGAGGUUGUGCUGCAGGAGGUGGUGUCAGUUGCGCCCAAGCACGCGGUAGACGUGCUGCGUGUCACACAGAAGAGCGGCAGCAACAGUCCGGUGCAGUGGCUGCUGGCCAGAUCGGACAACGGGCUUUACGUUUCCUUCCGGGGGACAUAUGACUUGCAGGAUGUCGUGAUUAACCUCGGUGCCGCGCCAGACUACAAUCACUUCAAAGAGAACGGCAUCGGGGUACACGGUGGGAUUGCAAAUGCUCUCGAGCAGGAGGGAGAUGGAAUUUGCAAUGUUGUGAACGAUGUUCUGCAAGCUUGCAGGAGCACCGCCGACCUCGAGAGGGAUUGGUCCUCUGCGGCCAUUCGCUCGGUGGAAGUCGCGGCCGUCCGAACCUUCGGCGCGCCGCACGUCCUGGUGCCUCCUUCCAGACCGGAAGAUCGACAAAAACUCUGGUGCACACUGGACUCGAUCACGCAGCAUUGGGUACACGACUGGGACCCUGUCCCGAGGCUUCCCUUUGGCAAGACCUGGCUGACUGAUGUCCUGCUGAAUCUGAAGGUCUUUCCAGGGUUCAGGAGAGUGGCCCAGAAGUAUAUCCAAGCACUCCAGCGGCACUAUGAUGAGACGAGGGCGAAGCUCUUGGAGCGUUACGACGUCGUGGGCGAGGUCGUGCUGGUCGGAAAAGCCACGAGCGUGGCCCUCCGCGCGAGCGAGGGGUCCGCAGCUUCGAAAGAGUUGCUCGGUGAGAAACCUCCCGAGUCAGUGAUGACUCCGAACAAGCUCCUUGCAUUCCACAGCAUGGAGGACUACCUGCAGUUGGGGCAUCCUCCGAUUGAUAGUUGCCUGAUUGUUCAGAAAAGGGGGCCGUGGAAAAGCAGGCUCAGCUUGGGCGAUCUGAUGCCAGCUGCUGCAGCUGGUGAAACGCAGAGGCACAAGCAGGACGAGACUGACCACGUUUGCUCGUGGCUCAAGGAGAUUCUUCAAAGCCUGCGCUGCCGCGAUGUGUCUGCAAGACUUCGAGCCUUGGAUCGCCUUUCGGAGUGCCUCCCGAGCGAACUGCCCGCUAGGCACUGGGUGAAGGUGAUCUCGCUGAUCGAAGACGCGAAAAACGAGGUGAGUUUGAAGGCACUGACUCUCAUGCAGGAGAAGAUGCCGAGCGAGUUCAUCGUUCAGCACAUAGACCGGUUUUUAUCCGUUCUGAAAAGCCACUCAAGCCAACAGAAAGACCUGGGGCAGAACAGCCUGUCCCAGAACCCGAAACAGAUGAGGAGGGUGUUGGGACAGGAGCAGGUCCAGCAGCAAGUGUCACAGCUCUUGCAGGAGAAGAUACCAGGCGAGCUCAUCGCUAAUCAGAUGGAAAAGCUGCUGCCAUGCCUGAAAUGGAGCACUUUCACCCGGCAUCUGUUUGAGGAGAAGAUCUCAGGAGAGGUCCUCGCUACACACCUCCAGAAGAUCGUGCCACCGCUCCUAAUUCACCAGGAGUUGCAUAUCUGGUCCUUUGGUUUUCUGACGGUGCGGAUAUCUCAACGGCACGUCGCAAAGCUCAUGGACUUGAUCAUUGGCGUUCUUGCCAGGCAAGAAGGUUGGCUGGAGAAGAGAAGGGUCUUGGAGUUUAUGAAGGAACAAAUGCCAAGUGAGUUGCAUGCAGAUCAUGUCAACCGCAUCGCUGCACUUUUGGCGAAUACCGAUUGGCAAGUACGCCACUGGACGGUAAGCCUGCUGAGCAGUCGAUCUCCCGGCAAUACCCUCUUUACGGAGCAUUGGCACAGCGUCCUUGCCCUUCUUGCCGACCAUGAGCGAACUCUGCAACUGUUAGAACAGAAGAUGCCCAAGGAGCGGAUCACUGAACUGUUCGCCAACCAUUGGCAGAAUGUGAUUGCCCUGCUCGCCAGUGAAACCCCCGAAGAGCAACAGCGAUUUCUCACGCUUUUGGAGAAGCUGCCGAACGACCUAAUGGCUGAGCUUUCCUCUGAGCAUGGGCAGAAGAGUUUCGCACAUCUCUUUGACCCAAGCCUGCGAGCCCAACGGCUUGGCCUAAAACUCUUGAGCGGGAAGAUGCCGGCAGGACUGAUCAGCCAGCAUUUCGACCAGAUCUUGGCAUCCGUGCGAAGCUCGGAUUCUGAGAUCCGGUGCACCAGCCGGAAGCUCUUGGAGAGUCAGAUCUCGACUAAGAUUCUCGAAAAGGAUUUUCACAAGAUCGUGCCGCCACUUUUGGCCGAUUCGGAGUUGCAGCCCUGGUCGUUUGGGAUUUUGACCGGGCGAAUACCGCCGAAGUACCAUGGGGAUCUCAUUGAGUUGAUCAUCGUGCUCCUCCGCAAGGAGCUGCCUCGGAGCAGGCAGGGGGAGGCCCUGGAGUUUCUCAAGGCCCAGCUGCCUGGGGUGCUGGGGCCAGAGCAUGUCAUAAAGAUCGCGACUUUCCUCAACAUUCCGAAAUGCAAGGCGAAGAGAUGGACUUUGGAUCUGCUGCUUAAGCGGAUGCCCGGGGGGCUGUUGUUCACAGAGCAUUGGCAGAAGAGUUUCGCACAUCUCUUCGACCCAUGCCUGCCAGUCCAACGGCUUGGCUUAGGACUCUUGAGCAGGAAGCUGCCGGCAGGACUGAUCAGCCAGCUCUUGGCAUCUGUGCGAAGCUCGAAUUCUGAGAUCAGGUGCACCAGCCGGAAACUCUUGGAGAAUCAGAUCUCGACUGAGAUUCUCGAAAAGGACUUCCACGAGAUCGUGCCGCCACUGUUGGCCGAUUCGGAGCUGCAGUCCUGGUCGUUUGGGUUCUUGACAGGGCGAAUACCGCCGAAGCACCAUGGGGAGCUCGUUGAGUUGAUCAUCGUGCUUUUGCGCGAGGAGCAGGCUUUGAGCAGGCAGCAGGAGGCCCUGAGGUUCCUCAAGGCCCAUCUGCCUGGGGUGCUGGGGCCAGAGCAUGUCAAAAAGAUCGCGGCUUUCCUGGACAAUUCGGAAUGCAAGGUGAAGAGAGGGAUUUUGGAUCUGCUGCAUGAGCGGAUGCCCGGCGGGCUGUUAUUCACAAAGCAUUGGGAUCGGAUCCUGCCGCUCUUUGAUGAUCGAGACCCAUCAGUGAGGACUGCAGCAACCAAUCUCGCUUUGGCGAAGGGGUCCACUCUCCCAAGAGAGCAGCUUGCCGAGCAUUCGGGAAAGCUUGUAGCUUUGCUUCAGAAGACCGGCCGCCUGGCUAGUUUUGAUCGCAUCUUCCAGGAUCUCCUGAAGAACCGAAGCCCGCAGCAUGAGUUUUCCUCUCUCUUGUCAAAGCUGCCGGUCUCCAGCCUGCUCAGAGCAAUUAGCAACGAGAAACUUGCCAGCUGGCGAGAUGCGGAAGGCAACACCUGGCUGCACCUGGCGGCUGAAGCCGGGCACGUGGAGGCCUGCGAGGCUUUGGUGGACCAGGUUGGCCUCCCCUUGCGCCAGAAGAACAAAGCUGGCGACGAGCCGCUAACCCUCGCAGCGAUUCCCGAAGUAGAUCAGCUCCUGAGGAGCAGGAUGCACUUCCGGGACACGCGCUUCGGCCAUGGGAAUGCCUUCGUGGAGAUGUUUCAAGAUGAGCGGCAGGUGUCCGAGGUGACUUGGUACACGGUGCCUCUCCCUGGCAUGGCCGGCAACUUGGGAGGCCUUCACUCUUUCCUCGUCGUCACCGUCUCCGGCACGGAUCAGGGAGAGAAAACCUACGUGCUGGAAAAGGCGGCCGGCUCACAUGCCAGGGAGGCCCAUCAGAGCCACGGCGUCUUCAUCGGGAACCAAGAUCUCAGCAGCAAUUUGAGGAGCGUGGACGGACAGAAGAAGAAAAAGCAGCUGGAGCUUGGCAACGGAAGCCUUCGGAGUGGUCUAAAGAUGAAGGAGCUGUAUGAGAAAGCUCACAGCACAGGCAAGUAUGACCUCGCGAAGUCGAACUGCCAUCACGCUGUCCAGCAAGUCUUCAACCACUGCUGUGCCAGAGAAGAAGCCUGGGAGCGGCAGCCGCCAAACGAGUGGUUGGCAUUUCUGGCUGCUAAGAUUAGUGUUUUCGAGGGCUCAGGUUCAGAUGUGGUCUCACUGAAUUCGGAAGUGAAUUCCAGCAGCAGUGCUGCCCCUGUGGGCUCGCCUCGUGCCUUCACGGUGCCUCUUGAUCUCCGCCACGAUGCAUUCGCAGAAGUUGCUGCUGCCCUGAGCUAUGCGGUGUACGAACAGGAUGCCUGGAGCAUCCUGACGCAAGCACAGCCUGAUGCUGUAUCCAUCCACAACCAGAUGCCCACACCUGUUCUCGUUUGCAACCACGACGCCCAGAUUAGAAGCAGAGUGGAACCUGGCAAAGCAGAAAGUAUUCAAACCGGCGGAGUCCGGAAACUCCUUUUGGAUGUUCAUCCUGUGGGGUGGUUUGCUGAGUGGAGGCAACCUUUGGCCAAGAAGCAACCGGUUUGGAAGGGCCAUUCCUACAGCAUCUGCAAAGACUUCCGAGAUGACAAUGAGGUUGUGCUGAAACACGCAGUGUCAUUUGCACCGAGGCAGAAGGUAUACCUGCUUCAUGCCACGCAGGCAAGCGAGGCAAGCGACAGCGCUUGUCAAGUACAGUGGCUUCUGGCCAGAUCGGACUCUGUGCUGUACGCUGCCUUCCGAGGGAUGGCUGAUGUGCAAGAUGCUGCAAUAAGUCUCGGUGCCGUGCCAGAUUGGCGCAGAUUUCAAAAGCACGACAUAGCUGUACACAGUGGGAUCGCCCAUGCACUAGAGCAAGCUACUCGGAACGUGGUGACGGAUGUGCUCCAGGCUGUGCAAGAGCACUGUCAACCUGGAGAGCGGCUGGUCCUUUGCGGCCACUCACUCGGUGGAGGCUACGCUCAAGUGAUGGCCGUCCAUUUGUUGAGUCGGGACGUGGACGUCGCGGCCCUCCGAACCUUCGGUGCUCCACAUGUCCUGGUGCCGCCGCUGGAUCCGCAAGAAUCUCCGAAUUUGUGGUUGAAGUUGCAUUCGAUCACGAAGCAUUGGGUGCAUGACUGGGACCCCGUCCCCAGGCUGCCCCUUUGCAAGACUUGGUUGGUCGACGUCUUGCCGAAACUGAAGAAAGAAGUCAUGGACGGAGUCAGGGUGGGCAUGGCCCAAAAUUACAUCAAAGAACUGCAGCGGAAUUACAAUGACAUCGCGGCACCACUCUUCGAGCGCUACGAUGUGGCAGGCGAGGUCGUGCUGGUGAGCAAGGCAGCGGGUUUGGCCCUCCAUGCGAGCGAAGAAGCCGCACCAUUGAAAGAACGGCUCAGCGAGAAGCCUCCCGGUGCAAUCAUGACUCUGAACAAACUCCUCGCUUACCACAGCAUGGAGGACUACUUGCAGGUGUCCUCCGCUAUAGAACUUCUCGUUGAUCAGAUGGAUGUUUUGACUGUCGUGCUGAUGAUCUUAGGCGGGUGGUUGGCUGCAGCUCGCGCGAGGAGCUGUGGGCUUCAGCUAGGAUGUGUGCUCUGGAUGGGUCUGGCUCAGAACAUGCAAGGCCAAGAGAGAGAGAACUUCUGCCAGUGGUUUCUCCAACAAGGCCUCGGCUCGCUGCGCUCCGCUGAGGGUAUCCACAGCAAGAAGAAGGACUUACUUGCAGAUUGCUGGGACAUUCCGAACAUUUACGGUCUCAUCAGUGAGGCUCAUAAUGGGGACCUGAUCUCUCUUUGGCAAGGCCCACCUCCUUCCUCGCUGCUUGCACCGCAUGCGACUUUCCGGGUUUAUCCCUGCGUGGGCCGCCUGCGCUCCUUGCCCGGCUUUGGCUGCAAUGGAACUGUAGCGGUGUGGCUGGGCAGUUGCGUGCCACUUUGGAGACGAAGCAGGCGGCAGUCCCUGCGCCAUCAAAUGUCUGGUUCUCGUGCUCGGACAGUACACUUCUGCCACGACGAAGAGUAUCGUCAGCGCUUGGACACGAUUCUUCGGGACUUGGUUACACCCGAAGCCUUCAUCACACUUUUCGACGUAGUUCAAGGAUUUUCCAGACUAGGACAAGACGUGGCAGACAUGGCAAGCACUGCAGACGGAGACGCGACAAGCAUGGCAACAGCCGUGGCAGGCAUUCCAGGCCUGCUUGCUGUUUCUGUUGGGCAGGCCUGCGACAAGCAGCAAAGGCGGUCUGAAUGGUUCAUAAUUCUUUUGAGCCAGCACCGGUACUGGGACAAGAUACCGAUCGAGCUGCUCAAACAUCCAGACUGCGGGGCCCUCGCCAAAGGAGCCUUCGAGCAGAAGGUCUCGACCAGGCUCCUGCAUGAGUAUUUCGAGGAAAUAGUGCCACCGCUCUUGGGCGAUCCGGAGCUGCGCUCGUGGUCUAUUGUGGUUCUGGAUGGAAAGAUUUCGUCCAAAUGGCAUAACCGACUUAUCAGUCUGAUUCUGGAUCUCUUGAGCAGCAAAGAUCCACCAACUCGGAGCUGGGCUUCGGCCUUGGCGUUCUUGAAGAAGCAGCUGCGGGACAAUUUGCGCGCAGAGCAAGUCCAGGCGAUGAUGGACCGGAUAGCAAUCAAGGGGUGGACUGAGAUAGAAAAGCUGGUUACAUUUUUCGGCGCAGGUGCACGGCUCCCAAGGUGGGCUCUGUCAGAUGCCCGCCUGCGAGCCCUACAGCUGUUGAAUGAGACGAUGCCGAGCCAGUCGAUCGCUGUGCAGACAGAGAAGUUCUUGCCAUGGCUGAACAGUGCAGAUAAGCAGACAAGAGCUUCCACGAAACAUCUCUUCGAGCAGAUAAUCUCGCAAGAAGUGCUAGCUGAACACUUCCAGAUCGUUCCGCCGCAUUUGGCUGGGCGGCAAGUGCAGUCGUGGUCCUUUCGCUUCCGGACGGAACGGAUUUCGCCCGAACGUCUCACGGAGCUCAUCGACUUGAUCAUCGUGCUCAUCCUCAAGAGCCAAGAAUCACUGUCGAGUAGCACCAAGCAGGGGCUCUUAGAGUUCAUGGAGGAGCAGCUGCCAGAUCAGCUGAGUGCACCGCAUGUUCACAAGAUUGCUACCUUCCUCGAUUGUUCCGAGCUCCAUUUCCAGAUAUGGACUUUGCAACUACUGCAAAAGCGGUUGCCAGACUCAGAGAUCGGGAUCCUGCUGCGUCACACAGACCACUCGACUCUGCAUCGCACAUCCAGGCUCAUUUUGCAGAAAGCAUCUGCGCUCUCAAGAAAGCAGCUUGCCGAGCAUUCGCGGCAGCUUGCAGUUGUGCUCCACAAAACAGGCCACCUGGACGAUUUUGAGAAGAUCUUCUUGGAUCUCCUGAACAGUGUCCUGCAGCAUGACUGGGCAGAGCUCUUGUCAAAGCUGCCGGUGUCUUGUCUCCUUGAAGUUGCUGUGGAACCCGAGGACAUGGUUGCCUGGCGGGACGCAGAAGGCAACACCUGGCUGCACCUGGCCGCAAAGGCAGGGCACGUGGAGGGCUGCGAGGCUUUGGUGGACCAGGUUGGCCUCCCCUUGCGUGAAAAGAACAAAGCUGGCGAGGAGCCCCUGACCCCGGCGAGUCGCGAAGUGGAUCGGUUCCUGAGGAGCAGGAUGCACUUCCGGGAGACGCGCUUCGGCUUUGGGAAUGCUUUCGAGGCGAUGGAGCAGGAUGAGCGGCAGGUGUCCGAGGUGACCUGGUACACGGUGCCUCUCCCUGGCAUGACCGGCCAUUGUGGAGGCCUGCACUCCUUCGUCGUUGUCGCCGUCUCCUCCGAAGCGGAUCAGAGAACAAAACGCUACGUGCUCGAGAAGACCGGGUCCUUUGGCAGGGAGCUCCAUCAGAGGCACGGCGUCUUUAUCGGGAACCAAGAUCUCGGCAGCAACUUGAGGAGCGUAGAUGGCCUAAAGGUGCACAAGCAGCUGACCCUUAGCUCUUGCAUCAAGUACAGUAACACAUACCUCGCACUAUUUCCAGGGAGCCUGCGUCGAGGCUUGAAGAUGAAGGAGCUCCAUGAGGUGGCUCACGGCACGGGCCCGUAUGAUCUUGCAAGCUCGAAUUGCCACCACGCUGCACAGAAAGUCUUCAACCACUGCUGUGCCAGAGAAGAAGACCAGGAGCGGCAGCCACCAAACGAGUGGUUGGCUCAGCUGGCGUCGAUGUUUCAGCUGGGCGGUUUGUUCAACUCAACCAGCUCCGGCUCUGAAGGCUCGGGUUCUAAUGUUGCCUCCGCGAAUUCGGAAGUGGCAUCUGGCAGCCAUCCUGCAGAUCGCCCGAGUGGCUUUGCGCGGUCCGUCGACGUCCGCUCCGACGUCUUUGCAGAAGUUGCUGCUGCCUUGAGCCUGGCAGUGUACGAGGAGGAUUCUGCAAUCGUCUUGAGGCCAACGGAGGCAGGCGCUGUGUCCAUACGCAACAACUUGGGAAGACCCGUGAUCUUACACGACCACACCACGCAAACUAGACUGGACGCUGCCGAGAGAACAUGUGUUCAAACCGCUGGUGCCGAUAAAAUUCUCGUGGAUGUGUACGAUGUGGAAUGCAUUCCGGGGCUCUAUUCCUGGCGACGUUUGGCCCAGACACAACCGGUCUGGAGCGGGCAUGCCUAUGAUUUGUCCACAGACUUCCGAGGUGAUGUUGUGCUGCAGGAGUUGGUGUCAUUUGCAUCGAGACAACCAGUAGACGUGCUUCAUACGGCUCAGAAGAGCGGCACCAACAGUCCCGUGCAAUGGCUCCUGGCCAGAUCGUGCUCCGUGCUCUACGUCGCCUUCCGGGGAACGAAUAAUGGGCAGGAUAUCGCAAUUGACCUCGGCGCCGUGCCAGACUGUCACAGAUUCAAAGAGUACGGCAUCGGCGUGCACGGGGGGAUUGCCCAUGCCCUCGAGCAGGAGGGAGAUGGAGUUUGUCAUGUUGUGAGCAAUGUGCUGCAGGCUUUGCAGGAGCAUCGUCGACCUGGAGAGCGGCUGGUCCUUUGUGGCCACUCGCUGGGUGGAGGCUAUGCCCAAGUGAUGGCCGUCCACCUGUUGAGUCGGAAGGUGGAAGUCGCGGCCGUCCGAACCUUCGGCGCGCCGCACGUCCUGGUGCCUCCUUGCAGAGCUCGACAAAAACUCUGGUGCACGCUGGACUCGAUCAUGCAGCAUUGGGUACACGACUGGGACCCUGUCCCGCGGCUGCCUCUUUGCAAGACCUGGUUGGUCGACGUCUUGCCGAAGCUGAAGCAGGAGGUCGUCACAGGGCUGAGAGUCGGAAUUGCCCAGAAGUACAUCCAAGCACUCCAGCAGACCUUUGAUGAGACCAAUGAUGAGACCAAGGCGAAACUCUUGGAGCGCUAUGACGUCGUGGGCGAGGUCGUGCUGGUCAGCAAGGCCACGAGUGUGGCCCUCCGUGCGAGCGAGGGGUCGGCAGCUUUGAAAGGGUGGCUCGGCGAGAAACCUCCCAAGUCAGUGAUGACUCUGAGCAAGCUCUUUGCUUACCACCGCAUGGAG